AUGGCGGAGGCGGCGGCUGCAGCGGGCGCGAGCGCGGGCUCCGGGGCUGCAGCGGACCGGCACCCGGACCGGGACCGCGCGGGGCGGAGGCUGCGGGUCCUGUCGGGCCAUCUGCUGGGCCGGCCGCGGGAGGCGGUGAGCGCCCAUGAGUGCAAAGCGCGGGGAGCCGCGGCGGCCGCCACGGCGGCGCCCACGGCCGCUCCCGCCGCCGCCGCCGCGCAGGAGCCGGGCGCCCUCCCCAAGAAGCGGCAAGAAGUUUUGAAAUGGAAUGGAUGGGGAUAUAAUGAUUCCAAGUUCAUCUUCAAUAAGAAAGGCCAAGUUGAGUUGACUGGGAAAAGGUAUCCACUUAGUGGCAUGAUUUUACCAACUUUUAAAGAAUGGAUUGAAAAUACCCUUGGGGUAAAUUUGGAGCAUAAAACUACCUCGAAAGCAUCCUUAAGUCCUAGUGAUACCCCUCCGUCUGUUGUAAAUGAAGAUUUUCUUCAUGAGCUUAAAGAAACUAAUAUUUCAUAUUCACAAGAAGCAGAUGAUCGGGUAUUUAGAGCUCAUGGUCAUUGUCUUCAUGAGAUAUUUUUGCUCAGGGAAGGAAUUUUUCAUCGAAUUCCUGAUAUAGUUUUAUGGCCAACAUGUCACGAUGAUGUAGUUAAGAUUGUGAAUCUAGCCUGCAAAUAUAACCUUUGUAUCAUACCAUUUGGUGGAGGAACAAGUGUCUCAUAUGGCCUGAAGUGUCCUGCAGAUGAGACAAGAACAAUUAUUUCUUUGGACACGUCACAGAUGAAUCGAAUCCUCUGGGUUGAUGAGAAUAAUCUGACAGCUCAUGUAGAGGCUGGCAUAACAGGACAAGAAUUGGAAAGACAGCUUAAAGAAAGUGGUUAUUGUACAGGUCAUGAACCAGAUUCCCUGGAAUUCAGCACUGUGGGAGGAUGGGUAUCUACUCGGGCAUCAGGCAUGAAGAAGAAUAUCUAUGGCAAUAUUGAAGACCUGGUGGUUCAUAUAAAAAUGGUAACACCUAGAGGUAUAAUAGAAAAAAGCUGUCAAGGACCUCGUAUGUCAACAGGCCCUGAUAUCCAUCACUUCAUCAUGGGAUCUGAAGGAACUCUUGGUGUGAUAACAGAAGCUACAAUAAAAAUCAGACCAGUCCCAGAAUAUCAAAAGUAUGGCUCAGUAGCUUUCCCUAAUUUUGAACAAGGAGUAGCCUGUUUAAGAGAAAUUGCAAAACAGAGAUGUGCUCCUGCAUCUAUUCGCCUCAUGGACAACAUGCAGUUUCAGUUUGGCCAUGCUCUUAAACCUCAGGUUUCCUCUAUUUUUACAUCGUUUUUGGAUGGAUUAAAAAAGUUUUAUAUUACAAAGUUUAAAGGAUUUGAUCCAAAUCAGCUAAGUGUUGCUACAUUACUGUUUGAGGGGGACCGUGAGAAGGUUCUUCAACAUGAAAAACAAGUAUAUGACAUUGCUGCAAAAUUUGGUGGAUUGGCAGCUGGAGAAGAUAAUGGACAGAGAGGUUAUUUGCUGACCUUUGUCAUUGCAUAUAUUCGAGACUUGGGUUUGGAAUACUAUGUAGUAGGAGAAUCUUUUGAGACUUCUGCUCCUUGGGACAGAGUUGUAGAUCUCUGUAGAAAUGUGAAAGAAAGAAUAAUAAGGGAAUGCAAAGAGAAGGGUGUUCAGUUUGCUCCUCUUUCUACAUGCAGGGUGACGCAGACUUAUGAUGCAGGUGCAUGUAUCUAUUUCUACUUUGCCUUUAACUACAGGGGAAUAAGUGAUCCACUGACUGUUUUUGACCAAACCGAGGCAGCUGCUAGAGAAGAAAUCCUCGCUAAUGGAGGGAGUCUGUCACACCACCACGGAGUGGGCAAGUUACGGAAGCAAUGGCUAAAAGAAAGUAUCUCCGAUGUCGGCUUUGGGAUGCUGAAGUCUGUCAAGGAAUAUGUGGACCCCAAUAACAUCUUUGGAAACAGAAACCUUUUAUAA